CUGAUAUUCUUUUGGGAUUAGGGGCAUUGUGUCUUUUACCUCGCUCGUGUUUGUGCCGCUCAAAGAGAAAGAAUCGAUCUCGUUAUGAUUAUUGAAACUGCUGCGAUCUAGACUUUCGUUUCUUUAUCUUAAUUAUAAUAUUUUCGGAACCAGAGCAUCGAUGUUUUAGGUUUUCGCGACAGUGCUUGUAACUUAAGUGUCACGAACAAGCUUAAGUUUUAAUACAACCUUACUUCAAGAUUAGCCUCAAUCAUAAUCUGUACUUUUUCUUUGGCAGAUGAAACACAAGAAAUUACCGCUGUCCUUAGUGAUUCCUUUAAUUUUUGGAACAUGUUUUUACACCUCAACCGGCACACAAAGUUUCCGACGAGAUGGCAAAUACAAUACAGUAAAUUUCGCUCAUUUUGUUAAUAAUCCCUCGCACCGGUUAAAUGGCGCUGUUCUGGUGAGCUUCAUGGUCUUGAGUCCCAUAGAAUGUGCUUAUCAAUGCAUUCAUAAUCAAGAUUGCUUCUCAUUUAAUUUCGCUGCAACUUCACUUGACGGAAGACAUUCUUGUGAGCUGCUGAAUACGGACAAGUUUCUCAACUCGGAUGAUUUACUUUACCAUGCUGGCUUUGAUCACUAUAAUAUUAAGACACCUUGCAUGAACAACCCAUGUCAACAUGGAACUUCUUUCUGUCGACCGAUUUACAAUCGAGAUGACUAUCAGUGUGUUUGCAAAGCAGGUUUUACCGGAAAGUACUGCGGAAUGGGUCAGUUUAAUUUUCUUUUGUUUGAUAUGCACACAAUUUCCGACCUGAGAGUCGCUUCAAAAAGGAUAACUGAGGCAUGUGCAAAACAGGAAUCUAAAUUAUUAACUGUUAAUGGACUCAAUAAUUAUAACAAACUAAAUUCCAAAACCGAGCGAUGACGAAUGCAGCGGUUUUUCAACUGAGUGUCGUAAAACUUAAAUUAAAGUAAUCAUAUCAC